GAUGUUCGCGUUCUGUUUCUUAACUUACGAGUCGGCAAGCUAACUUGACAAGGAUUAGGCAUUGGGUAAUACAAAAGCCACAUAAAAUCUCUCCCCCGUUAUGUCGUCCACAGAAGCUACUAGUUCUACUUCCAACCUUGAUACUGCACGCUCUUUGCAAGCCAAAUUGGAUGCCGCUAACCUCAAGAUACUGAACGCGAAGACACAGUUCAAAUCUUAUAAAUUUGAAGGUAUUGAUGAUUGGCCAUUAGGCGAGGAGACAUCAAGAGACCCUGCUAUUAUUGCGAGUUUGGUUGCUGCACAAAUAUCCUUCCUACGCAAACUCAAAUUCCAGUACUUGGAGCAGAAGGCAAAAGAUAAAUACAUUAAAACGAUUGUGAGCGACAUCGAUGACGCGCCUCUUGUCACUGCAGCAAGCAAUGCAGAACUGAGACUUCGCAACGAGGGGAAGAAGGAAAUUCUCAAAGCGGCCAAAUCUCGGAUAGCGGAGAAAUAUCAAGACAUUCGAACUUUAGCACCUUUAGUUGAAGAGGACUAUCUUCAAACUAAGGCUCUCACAGAGGAAGCAUCCAGCCUUUCCCAAAAGAUUUUGGACGCCCGAUUGGCUCUCACAAGAUUGCGGCAAGCUCACCCACACCCACGCCUGACGAUUGAAUCUGCAAAUGCCCAACUGGACUCACAAAUAGCGGAGAUGCAGGACCUUGACACGGAGCUCCAACAAGUAAAUGAGAAAAUUGCAGCAACCAAAGAGAAUAUAAAAACAGGUGCCAAGGAAGUGGAAAGGUUGCGGGUAGAAAAGGCCGAAGCAGAAAAAAUUGCGAGCGCGUGUAAGGAGGAGGUGGAGGAUGCUAGGAUAUUUGAACUCUACGACUGGUACACGGCUUCCCUGGCGUUGCAUAAAUCGUUAUUGUCCUUGGAAUCAUCACAUUCAGUGUCGGAAAAUGAGCUCCGAUUGACAUACAUGAUUGGUCAGAACUCUCCAUCGCCACGAGAGAUAUCUAUUACCCUGCUCUUCCUUCCAAAUACGAGGCAGCUUGUGGCCGCCCAAGUCCAGGGCGUGGAGAUCGAGAUAGGGGACGUUAUAGACUCAUAUGUGCAAUCAAACGAUAUCUCGGGGUUCUUGUGGGCCGUGCUUGCGAGGGCUCGGAAGGCGGUGUAAUAUUGAUAGCCAAGCUAUAUGAUAUU